GUGUUGCACACUUUUCGCACGGGUUUCCUUAAAUGCCGAAUACUUCCUGAACCGUAGGAUGAUUUAAACCGUGUCGGUGUCCUGACACAUUUGCGAGAAAAUCGAUAUUAUACUUAUUCAGUAUUCAGUGAAUCGUGUGGGUGAAACGAAACCUUUGGUGUUCUGCUGCAAAAACUUUUAAGAAUCAGCCGUAGCUGUGGAAAUGAAACAGGAGUACCAGGACCUCAUCCUGCAGGCAUGUGAUGCUUCAUCUCUGCGAGUCGGUGCUAAGAUCCAGACCCUGUGGAGUGGUUAUGGGGAGAUAGUCCGGCUGCACCUGGAGGGCUGUAACCGGCCCUCCGUGGUUGUAAAACACGUUAAGUUUCCAGAGGAAGCAGAGCACCCCGGGGGUUGGAACACAGAUCGAUCCCACACACGUAAAGUGAAAUCCUACCAGGUGGAGACACAUUGGUACCAAAACUAUUCCACCAAUCAGAGCUGUCGCAUCCCUGCCUGCCUAGCUGCCUGUUCCUAUGGCGAUGAGAUGCUGAUCGUGCUGGAGGAUCUGGACGUGGCCGGUUACGAUCAGAGGAGGACGAGCGUUACAGACAGGGAGAUAAAGGCUUGCCUGAGCUGGCUUGCUCACUUUCACGCUCUCUUCUUGGGUGUGGCACCAGAGGGUCUGUGGCCUGUCGGUACCUACUGGCACCUGGAAACCCGGCCAGACGAGUUGGAAGCCAUGGAUGAUGCUGAGCUCAAAGCAGCAGCAGGCGACAUUGACAGGAUACUCAGUGAGUGCCGCUUCAAGACCAUCGUUCAUGGAGAUGCCAAAUUAGCUAAUUUCUGUUUUUCCCAGAGUGAGAAGGAUGUGGCAGCUGUGGACUUUCAGUAUGUGGGCGGGGGCUGCGGGAUGAAAGAUGUUGUAUAUUUUCUAGGAAGCUGUAUGGAGGAGAGGGAGUGUGAAAAGAGGGUACCAGGACUACUGGACUACUAUUUUUCAGAACUAAAGCUAUCGUUAAAAAAAGACGUAGAGUUUCAUGCCCUUGAGAAAGAGUGGAGGGAAAUGUUUGCAUUUGCUUGGACAGACUUUCAUCGUUUUCUGCUGGGAUGGAGGCCGGGACACUGGAAGAUCAACCGAUACAGUAAACAGCUGACAAAGGAGGUUCUGCGCAAGCUGAAACAGUAAUCAGUAGUUUCCAUGCAGCAAGUCUUCCUGGGAUAAACACACAAAGCACCCAGGAAAUCUGUACACACCCAUAUCCAUUCCUGUGUCAUUUAAUGAAGCAUGCUUAUCACGUCAUUUGUGGGAAAAUAAGAGUUGUUGAACUGCUAAGGCAGUUUUACUUUUCCAUAUGGCCUACUGCAAAUUCGGUGCCCAGAUGUGAAUUAAUAUCAGCACUUUAAAAUCAAUACCACACAUUACAAAAAGCAAGAAAUAUGGCUGAAAACAUUUCUGGAUUUUAUUCUAGUACAUGCAAAGAUGUAUUCAGUGGAAAUUAUUCCGCAUGUGCAAUAUUUAUGAAACACAGAUAAAAAAUAAAGGCAACUAAUAGCAUUAUUAUUGUAGAAUGUGGGGUAUAAACAAUCCUAAAGUAAUAACUUCUACAAUCUGUGCGAAUAUUUUGAGAAAGGAAAAACUUUUGCGGCACUUGAGGAGGUGCUAAAUACUUUAGCGCUGAGACUUAAAGUCUGGCUGUGUGGUUGGACAAAAGCAUAACAUUUUCUCCAAAUGUGCUUUGCCUGUUAGGCAACUUACACUGCCCUCUGGUGGUGGAGUGCCAUUCCAACGAUCAGUCCUUUGUUUAAGAGGUUCAUUUGAAGUAGGCGUGGAAAAAUUGAAAAUCUUACAAAUAAAACAAAUACACUUUAAAAAAAAUGUAUCUAAAAUGUCAAUGAUGAAUAAUGAAAUGUAAGUCUCAAAAAUAGUUUUCUUAAAGAUUAAUUGUAUUACAUGUUUUUCCACUUUUAGUAACCAAAUGGUAAAGCAAUACAAAACUAUACUGUGUAAGAACAUCAUGUCACAGAGGACCUAAAUUUGCUUAAAAUUUACCAGACUGAGUACCAAAUGUGAUAAAUAAAUUACGAUAUUGCAUCAUAUCAUCAGCGAAGUGCAGCACCAGUGUUGUGAAUUGUAUGCACACGCAAAUAUGCUGCCAUCUACAUUUUCUAUAGAUAUAAAUAAUUUAAACUAGGCUCUUUUUAGAGUUUAUUGCACUCCACUUUGAAAUAACAUGGCUAUAUAUAAAGCCAAAACCUGCUGACUGGGGGCAUGAAGUCAUUAUUUGUAUUUAUGUUUGGGGAAUUAAAUGACAUUGCUGAAGAAAAAAAAAUAAAGCUCCAACCCUGCGUGAGUCAUUCUUUGCUGGAUGAUUAUGUAGUAUUUUUCCUGACACUCAUCAGACCAAACAAUAUAUGUCCAGUUUUGGUGAUUGGUGCAGAUUUUAUCCUCAGUGUCCAGUUCUAAGUUGACAAGAGUGGCAUCUGGUGCGGUCUGGCAUCAACGGGGCUUUUUAAAAAUUGGCCCAGGGAACUGCUGCUGAAUGGCUGUUUUCUCAUUUUUUGGUUGUGUAGAAAAUCCAGAUCAGCACCAACAACCAUGCAAUCAUCAAAGUCAGUUAAAUCAACUUGCUUGUCCAUUUUGACGUUAGGUUUAAACUUGAGUUCGUCUUGACCACGUCUAUAUGCCUAAAUGUAUUGAAUCAUUGUCAUUAUAUACUUGCAUUAAUGACUUAUUGAAAAGGCAUACCUAAUAAAAUGACCAGGAACGAAA